AUGGCAGAUGCCAAUGAAGACGGUUUAGAAAACGAUCACUUCGAAACGCAUGAAGAGGACGAAGAAAGCCUCAUUCGCUACUAUUUCUAUAGAGGUUUUGAUUAUAAGGAAAUCGUUUUAUUUUUAUUACAAAAUCAUGAUAUUCAGAUGAGCAUGGCCACAUUUAAACGACGAUUGCGAAGGUACGGACUUAGGUGGCAGCUACCAGAAUAUGACAUUGACGAAGCAAGGGCAUCCAUUCAAAGUCUUAUUAAUGGUCCUGGAUGUUUGCAAGGAUACAGGUCCGUAUGGCAUACACUGCAGCUUAGAGGAGUUAGAAUACCGCGUAUUGUUGUACAACAACUUCUGAAAGAGUUAGAUCCUGAAGGGACUGAAAUGCGAAAGGCUCACCGGUUAAAAAGAAGAAGAUAUCACAAUCCUGGUCCGAACUAUUCUUGGCAUUGUGACGGGUACGAUAAACUCAAGCCUAUUCAUGGAUGUAUCGACGGCUGGAGUAGAAAAAUACUAUGGUUAUACGUAACGAGAUCAAAUAAUCAACCAAAUAAUGUAGCUGCAUAUUAUCUAGAUGCUGUGGAAGAAUAUGGCGGAUGUCCAGUUGAUCUUGUGACUGACCUUGGCACAGAGAAUGGCACAAUGGCAGCAAUCCAAUCAUUUCUAAGAGAUGACCCAGAUAGUCACAGAUAUGUGCCGUCGCCGCGAAACCAACGAAUAGAGGCUUG